CCUCCGUACUGUGUCCACGCAGUGUAACAGGCUGCAGCCGGUAACAUGGGAGUCUACUGGAGCCAUAGCACCUGAUAUUACCAGGUUCAAAUGUCCUACAAUCCAGGACAAACCAGAGUUGAAAAAAUUCCAAGACAGUAGAGUCUUAGGUUUGGCAAACCCAUGCACCUGAAUGAUAUCAUGGCAAGCCCGCACGAGCCCCUGAAUUGGUCGUCUUCUCCCAACCUCAUUGUUGAUACCAUUCAGGAAGAUAAAGACUACCGAGUGGAUUAUGGCGACUGUACCACUAUUGGCCAUCAUGAGAUUAAAGAGACCCCAGAUAAGUGUGAUUUCCUGGAUAAUACCAACAGCCCAGUUAAUGCCACUGUCCUGAACUCUAUCAGUGAAGACUCUAGAGACCAGUUUGAGAAUAGCGUGCUUCAGUUGAGAGAUCAAGAUGAACCUGAAAAUACAGCACCUCAGGGUUCCAGUCACUCUGGAGAUGGAGGCAACAACAGUGCAAAUGAGGACAUUAGAAUACAUUUCAGCCGUUCUAGGAGUGGGAGUGGGAAUGGUGGUUUCUUAGAGGGGCUUUUUGGCUGUUUGCGACCUGUAUGGAAUAUCAUAGGAAAGGCUUAUUCUACGGAUUACAAACUUCAGCAGCAAGACACAUGGGAAGUCCCCUUUGAAGAGAUUUCUGAGUUGCAGUGGCUGGGAAGUGGGGCACAAGGAGCUGUGUUCCUUGGCAAGUUUCGAGGGGAGGAAGUAGCUAUCAAAAAAGUGAGGGAACAGAAAGAAACUGACAUCAAGCACCUUCGAAAGUUAAAGCACCCCAACAUCAUUGCUUUUAAAGGUGUGUGUACACAGGCACCCUGUUACUGCAUUCUCAUGGAAUACUGUGCCCAAGGGCAGCUUUAUGAGGUACUCAGGGCAGGGCGCAAAGUCACCCCUAAACUGCUGGUGGAAUGGUCGACUGGCAUUGCUAGUGGCAUGAACUACCUCCACCUGCACAAAAUCAUCCACCGAGACCUUAAAUCACCCAAUGUCCUAGUCACCCACGCAGACACUGUGAAAAUCUCUGACUUCGGCACUUCUAAGGAGCUCAGUGACAAAAGUACCAAAAUGUCAUUUGCUGGCACUGUGGCCUGGAUGGCCCCUGAAGUCAUCCGCAAUGAACCUGUUUCUGAAAAAGUGGACAUCUGGUCUUUUGGGGUCUUACUGUGGGAGCUACUGACUGGAGAAAUCCCCUACAAAGAUGUCGAUUCCUCUGCUAUUAUCUGGGGAGUGGGAAGCAAUAGUCUUCAUCUUCCUGUACCUUCUACUUGCCCAGAUGGCUUUAAAAUUCUCAUGAAGCAGACUUGGCAGAGUAAACCACGCAACCGGCCAUCUUUCAGGCAAAUUCUUAUGCACUUAGAUAUUGCCGCUGCUGAUGUCUUGGGGACCCCUCAGGAGACGUAUUUCAAAUCCCAGGCUGAGUGGAGAGAAGAAGUGAAGAAGCAUUUUGAGAAGAUCAAGAGUGAAGGAACCUGCAUUCAUCGCCUUGAUGAAGAAUUAAUCAGAAGGCGCAGAGAGGAGCUCAGGCAUGCACUAGAUAUCCGUGAACAUUAUGAGCGCAAACUGGAGAGAGCCAACAACCUUUACAUGGAGCUGAGUUCUAUCAUGCUGCAGCUAGAAGUGCGAGAAAAGGAACUCACCAGGCGGGAGCAAACUGUAGAGAAGAAAUACCCAGGGACUUACAAAAGACAUCCUGUCCGGCCCAUUGUUCAUCCCAACUCUUUUGAGAAGCUUAUCAAAAAGAAAGGUCCUCCCUCAAGGGUGCCAUCUCAAUCAAAACGGCCUGACCUUCUAAAAUCUGAUGGCAUUGUUAAUGCAGAAGGGAGUGCUGCCAGUGCAUCCCCCAUUUCUGGGAGUCCAAAAACAUCUUCAGGAGGGGGAAAGGGCCGCUACCGAAGCAAACCACGUCACCGUCGAGGUAACAGCAAAGGCAGCCAUGCUGAUUUUGUUGGUGUGCUGAAAUACCAGGAAUCUCCAGCACCUUCCCAACAGUCCUCUCAGCACCAGACUCCAGCUUCCCCUCCAGUCACUCCAUGUAGCCCUUACCAUGAAACUUCACAAGUAAUGCCAACUCGCCACCAAACUCUAAAUGUUCAUGGGCAGAACAUUGCUAACUGCGCUAACAACCUACGUUACUUUGGUCCAGCAGCUGCACUAAGGAGUCCUCUAAGCAGCCAUGCUCACAGGCGUAUGUCUGGUUUCAGCCCAGACCUUCUCUCUAGCACACUCGAGGCUGAUAGUCGCAUCCAGCCUGAAAGGGAAUAUGAAUACUGUGAGCAGCAUCCUUACAACCCCAGCCAAGGAUGUACUGAGACUUCUGUUCAGCAUGAUAUUGACACAGAGAAUUUGAACAAUACAAAUGUUGUGACUGCUGAGUACAGAACAUCAGAUGGAGACCUUCCCGACUCUCCAAGACACAACUUAGUACAGGAGGACUAUGAGAAACUGGAAACUGGAGGAGAACAAUUUAGUAGUCUCAAGGCUGCAGUUGGUGUUAGUGCUUUGACUGUUCCCACCCCUCCAGCACUACCGCGUAGGAUACAUACUCUGCGAAAGAAUGGGGAUGACUCAUCCGAAGGAGAAGAAGGGGAGGUGGACAGUGAGGUGGAAUUCCCCAGGAGACAUAGACCUCCUCGAGGCAUGAGUACCUGCCAGUCAUAUUCUACAUUCAGUUCUGAAAAUUUCUCUGUGUCUGAUGGGGAGGAAGGAAACACCAGUGACCACUCUAACAGCCCUGAUGAUGUGGCUUGUGGCAACAAGGUCUGGCAGGUUGACAAGUUGGAUGAUCUGUUGUCCCAGACUCCAGAGAUUCCCAUUGAGAUCUCCAUGCAGUCAGAUGGGCUGUCAGAUAAGGAGUGUGCAGUGAGACGUGUCAAGACUCAGAUGUCUCUUGGGAAACUGUGCCCUGAGGAGCACAACUAUGAGAAUGCAGAGUCAGACUGUGACUCUUCUGAAGGAGAAUGCUCUGACGCAACCGUACGAACCAACAAUCCAGUAAAUUCCUCCACCUGGUGAGAAGCCUACAGUCAUGGAACAGUAUUCAAUUUUCCCGUUAUCCUCCUUAUCCAGGUCUCUUCUCAUGGUGUUCACCAGGAUUAAGCAUUUGCCCUAUAUCUUCUUUUGUAACCCUUUCUUUUAGCCCUCCCACUGCUGGAUGAGGGACAGCAAGGCUUUGCAAGGCAAUACAUUGUUGGUCCUCCAUCCUCUGGCAGGAAUACGGCUAACAAUAUCUGCAAUAACGGGGGCCCAAAGACUUGUGGGAAACUUCCCCCAAAAUUAACUAGCUUCAGAGGAAGCAUUUCAAAAAAUGGCAGGGAUAAAUAUUUUCAUGAAAUAUAAAAAUACUGUAAAAUUACAUAUUUAUUCUUUUGAGUUUGGACCCUUUGUAAUGUCAGGAAGAUGAAAUAGUAAAUAGAAUAAACUAGAUUAAAGCACCACAUAAAAACAAAUCUUAGAGGAAACAAAGGAAAAGACAGCUGACUGGUAAAUACAUUCUUGUUAGACUUGCUGCUGUUUUUUUGGACCAAAUUCUGGUUUUUUUUUACAAUUGUAACCUAGUUUCAAUAAUAGGAUUUAUUAUUUCUCUUUGCGAAGUCAGAGAUGAGAAAUAGAACAAAGUUUUGAACAUGGGAUGAUAGUGGCUGAAGAACAUGACCACUUCCUGUUUUUCCAUGGACAGAAGUUCUCCACAAACUGGCACACAGGAGGAUCAAAAAUGCAGAGAGACAAGCAAGGAAGAUCAGAUAUUUACAUAUUAUUCUGGCCUCAACAAUCACUUUUAAUGCCAGAGGCCUCUGCAUUAUAUUCAGCACCUUUUAAGAAUCUAUAUUUGCAUUUCAAGCCCAAUGUUGGGAAACCCCAUGUUAAACUGAAUGGAAAGAAAUACAUUUCACACCGCUUCCUAACAUCCAAAGGCAGUUGGCAGAGACCGAGAACAUAUCUCUUGUGCCCAGCCCAGCAGGAGGAUAACAGUAAAUCGACUAUUGGCCGAUGGUUUUUGGGCAAACUUAUAGUUUGCAGACUCCAGACACCAGUACUUGGAAAUGUCCUGUGUAUUGCAUUCAUUUUCUUUUUCUCAUGGACACCCAACUGCAUUUUGAGAAAGUCAAGAGGUGACUGACGUUUGCACUCAAGAGCGAUCACAUACAUCCCAGGUAGAGAAUGGACUGGUAUUGACAAAACUGUCAUAAAGCACAUGAUGUGAAGGAACAUCACCAACACUAAUGUGAAAAGGCACUAUUAUUUUAUUCUAGAGCAGGGGUCCUCAACCUUUUUCACCCGUGAGCAACAUUCAGAUGUAAAAAGAGUUGGGGAGCAACACAAGCAUAAGUUC